UUCGAAACGAACGGUUGUGCGAUUCCAAUAGCUGCGGUGUGUGGCACGUUAUAAAUUACGAACAAUAGAGGACCACGAAACAAAGCGACGAAUUAUUCUUUUCGCGCAAAAAAUAAAAACACUUUUUGUUUGCUUUGUAAAGUGUGGGCGUGAGAAGAGUUUGAAAAUUUUCGAUAUCAAAACAAAAAAAAACAAACAAGAUUUAUUAACAAUAUCGGAUGAUUUUACAGCUAGCGGAAUAUAUCUAGAAAACCAAGUUUUCAAAUACAACGUCAACAUCGCAAAACUCUGCUCUUAGCUGCAUCAGCGGCAAUAUUGUGCCAAAAACAAACAUUUUGGUGUUACUUCGUUUCCUCAUUUCCAACGUUAAAUCGAGAAAUUUUGUAAUUCAACACCACCUGGAAUAGAGUAAACAGCACUCAAGAUGCUCAAUCAUAAUUGGUUAAAGUGGCCGGUGCUAAUUUGGUUGUUAAGCUGCUACUAUUUGUUGACAGGCACCGAAGGACAGAGUGAAAACGCUAUUGGCGCACAUCGCGUAUUUGAGAAAACUUCAUUCUCCUGCUCUGGACGUCCGGCCGGCUACUACGCAGAUGUUGAAACCGGAUGUCAGGUGUACCACAUGUGCGAUGGCCUGGGGCGUCAAUUCAGCUAUUCCUGUCCCAAUACUACGCUCUUCCAGCAGCGUAUGCUGAUCUGCGAUCACUGGUAUAUGGUGAACUGCUCGCGGGCUGAGAGCGACUAUGCAGCCAACUUAUUGAUUGGCCAACGCGACAAGCCAUUUGUGAAUGAUGAGGAGAAUAAUUUGCGUACACCACGUCCGGACCUCUUGGAUCGCCCUUAUGCUCCUGAUUACUCUGGGGAAUCCUUCAGAAACCAAUAUAAGCAACUUCCCGCAGUCCAAAAUCAAAUUCGCGAUGUCGACGCGCAGAAAGUUCAGAAUAAAUUAAAUAAUGCCGCACAGCCAUCACCGGGCCAGCAGCACUGGAAAAUACCACCACCCAGCCGCACUAUACUCCCGCCUGCCUACGAAGCACAGAUCUCUGACGAUACCACCUCACAAACUGGCAGCGGCAAUGUGCGCUUCAUACCCAAAACAGCGCACACAACUCCACCAACCACAACAAAAGUGAACUUCGAUCGCUCAAAAAUGACCUUCGCGCCAACAACUACUUCAGCCGCCUCGCGUUUCAACAAUGCCGCAUUACACCAGCGCGGUCAGUCGGGCGAGCAUGAGGAUUUGGGUACGAGUCACAGCACGCGUUACAAUACCUCGGCUGAUUUCAACUCCGCUGAGCAGGCAAGCAGCAAACGUAAAAGCUCAUUCAAUAAUAAUGUCAAAAGUAGUCGCAGCUCAUUCGCUUUUGCUGCGCCGACAGCAUCUACAACUACAACAACGGCGUUUACCCCAACCAUAUCAAUAACACCAGGCAACGUCACUACAGUUGCUUCCACAACGCCUGUGAAAGUACCAUCAAAGGUAUACGAGCCACCCUUCCUGCACCCCAUCUACAAUGAGAACGACACGCUCAGCACUCAGACGCCACUACGCGCUUCAUCUGCCACGCCAUUCACCUCUUCCCCUCUAUUAGCCAAGUACACCAUCACCACUCCAGUACCACCACCGAAUCGGCUCACUACUCUAGCCGGCAAACCUUUCACCGCAAGUAAUAGUGGCAUCACCACAAAAGCGCCGAGUUUUGGCGGACGCAAUCACAAUAAUUUGCUUGAGAAUAGCUUUAGUCAAAAUUCGAAGGAUGCGCGCACUCCCACACCAGCACAAGGUUUUAAGCCGCCCACACCACGCCCACCUGUGAGCACCACAAAGCAGCCGGCAACACAAAACUUGGAAAGCUCACCCUUUGACUACAGUAUUCCAACCACAAAUCGCUUGCAUUUGCCCACACCUGUGAUCAGCACGACGAACACAUCCACAGCAAGCAGUGACGCCAAGCCGCCAGCCAAACAGCUGUUGCCGCCUUAUCAGGAGUACGUGCAACACGAUAUCGCAACCACACAGGGACCACCCAUCUACUAUGAGUGGAAAGUGCCAUCGAAUGGGCUCGAACCACCUAAGAUGGAUCCGCCAAUAGGCGUUGAUGGACGCGAAUAUCCAGAGACAGUAAUCGAUUACAAUACUAUUAGUGGUGUCAGCGAUAAUACGCAUAGCGCAGAGCAGGCCAAGACCACUAGUAGUCAUAAUUUAGUGUCAACUAAAACGCCGCGUGAAAAUAGUCAAACCGAACGCACGCCGAUCUCGCGUUCUAUCAAGGAGACGGGGCAGCCAAACAGCGUUUUCCGGGUGAAUGCAGAAAAGCCAAGGGUUACAACUACGCCAGCACUAGCGACUGAUCGCUCAGACACAGUAGCCACGCCAAUAUCAGAUAUUACACAGCUGCGCAAAGACUACUCGGUGCCGGAGUACCUAUUCCCAUUGGAGCCGAUUGGCCGCACUGGUUACUUGUCGACGGACACAUACAACUCGUUUCAACUGAAGAUACCAGAUCAAGCUGACGAUGUACCCGAGGAUCAUAGGCAUUGGUUUGGCGAGAACCCCAAGUGUCCGGAGUGUCAUCCAUCCUUUGUAGUGCCCGGCACUUGCGAGCCUUGUAUACGAAGAUAGAUGAAGGAAGGGUAAGGAGUUCAGGAGAUCUACGACGUCAUGCGAACGACGUUAGAAAUACUGCGAAAUUGUAGCACAAUAAAAAGUAUAUAUUUUUUUAGUUUUAUUGCUUUCUUGAUUGAUGUGCUGUUAUGCACAAAUACAUAGCUCCUAAUUUGUACCGUUAAGUUAAUUGUUUCAAUGCAAACAAAACGUGGAAAACUAACCUUAAAGUAAAUAUUGUAACUGUAAAUAAGUAUUUCCAACAACAGUGCCUAGCAGUAAAAAUAAUUAACCAGUGAAAAAUCGCAUAACAGUAAAUAAUACUCUAUUGUAAAUAAGGAUGCGCAAAGCUACCAGAAUGUGCCUGCACCUUUCCUCCUUACUUAUUUCCUUUACCUUUACAAUUCAUGAAAUAUCUAACCAAAUGCUAUUCUUCAUGUGAGACUUCAUUCAAGUUGAGCGACUCUACUCAUUAAAAUGAAUUCAUGAAAAUCCUCAAGCAAUCAUUCCUACCACUCCCAAGCAGCGAGCGCAGCCAUUCAUGCCUGGGCUGCUCAUUCAUACGCGUAAACGCACGUUGUAGAAGCCGAAUUAGGUGCACUCGUACUGGUUGAACAUUCGUAGCUGAAUUGGCUUCUAAAUUCAAUUAAAAAUGUUUUUAUCGGAGUUCGAUUUUUUUAAAUAAAGAAUGUAAUUGAGCUUUAAUUGACAAUUCGGUUUCUAGAUGCCAAGGCGAAUCUACUAUUAUUAAAGGUGGUGUUGGUAAAUCAGCUGAGUUGUUUUUUUUUCUUUCGCCGUGCCCAUGUGGCUAUCAGCUCAGAAUGAAACAAGGCGAAUUCAUUAUUUGUUUUCUAGUUUCUCAAUACUUUGCAUUGACAAUCAAACGUACAGAACAGUUUUGUUGGCCUAGUGCCACCACCUUUAAUGAAAGCGCCUUGCUAGAUGCUAUCCGUUGCACGAGCGUAUAUUUUAGAAGGUAUUAUGCAUAAUUUCUACUUACGGUUUAUAAUAUUUAUGUAAGUGUAUAAGUAAAAUAAAAAGUAUAGUU